AAUUUUCAUGUAUUCCAACUAACCUUAAUUAUGAUUAAUAAAUGUCUAAUUUUAUCUUAUUUCUUUCUUCUGCUUUCAUCCAGGGGUUGUCGAUACAAGAACAGCAUUCUGCUCCAUCUAAAACUUACAGCAAUUAAUGAGUAGUCUCCAUUCAGCUCUUUCUUUCUUUUCUCUCUAUAAAAGAACGCCACCUUCUCCUCCACCCUCUCCUACGCUCGCCACCUCAUCACCACCGAACUCACCUCAAGAAAAACAAGAAGACAAAGCAGCAUUCUGGUGGAGACCACGAAAGAUACCCAAGAACUUGUUAUAUGUAUUUUUUUUCACAACUUUUGGGGCUCGUUCGGGUGACUAUAUAAAUAUGGCAAUUGUUAUUGAUAAGUUCAUUCUUGGGACUUUCUUUGCUUCUCUUUUUGGUUUUUUCCUUCUCUGCAUUUUGCGCCAAAAGCGCCAGAACCGCGAGAACAAGCAGAAGUUUAAGGAAAAAGCUGCCUUCAAGACCCGCAAUUGCAAUGUGAGGAGACCUGAGGAUGACUCCGGUCCUGACGUCAUCAUCGUCGGCGCUGGCGUCGCUGGUGCAGCCCUCGCUUGUACGCUUGGCAAGGUGAAACGAGCUUCUGAGUGGUUGUUUGAUGAUGCAACCUCCUCCAUGAAAGCAUAUGAGGGUUGGAACUAUUCAUGGGAAUUGAAGGAUGGAAGACGAGUUCAUGUCAUAGAAAGGGACUUGACAGAGCCUGACAGAAUCGUCGGUGAACUGCUCCAGCCAGGGGGAUAUCUAAAAUUAAUUGAAUUGGGCCUUGAGGAUUGUUUGGAGGAAAUAGAUGCCCAACGAGUGCUUGGUUAUGCUCUCUUCAAGGAUGGUAAAAAUACUAGGCUCCCGUAUCCUUUGGAAAAUUUCCAUUCUGACGUUGCUGGGAGAAGCUUCCAUAAUGGGCGUUUUAUACAGAGGAUGAGAGAAAAAGCUGCUACCAUGCCCAACGUAAAGCUAGUGCAAGGAACAGUGACAUCCCUUCUUGAAGAAAAUGGGACUAUUAAGGGCGUUCAGUACAAAACUAAGGAUGGUCAAGAACUUAGAGUUUAUGCUCCGCUUACAGUUGUCUGUGAUGGUUGCUUCUCAAAUCUGCGUCGCUCUCUGUGCAAUCCUAAGGUAGACGUGCCCUCUUCUUUUGUGGGUUUAGUUUUGGAGAACUGUCAGCUCCCUUUUGAAAAUCAUGGACAUGUUAUCCUAGCAGAUCCUUCGCCAAUUUUGUUUUAUCCAAUUAGCAGCACAGAGGUUCGUUGCUUGGUUGAUGUACCAGGUCAAAGAGUACCUUCCGUUGUUAAUGGUGAAAUGGCCAAGUAUUUGAAGGAUGUGGUAGCACUACAGAUUCCACCAGUGCUUCAUGAUGCCUUCAUAUCCGCAGUAGAUAAAGGUAAUAUCCGGACCAUGCCAAAUAGAAGCAUGCCGGCUGAUCCCCAUCCUACUCCUGGAGCUCUUUUGAUGGGUGAUGCCUUCAAUAUGCGCCAUCCUUUAACUGGUGGCGGGAUGACUGUGGCACUGUCUGAUAUUGUUAUACUUCGAGAUCUUCUUAAUCCACUUCGUGAUCUUAAUGAUGCAGCUUCCCUAACCAAAUACCUUGAAUCCUUCUAUACAUUGCGCAAGCCUGUGGCAUCUACAAUAAAUACUUUGGCAGGAGCCUUGUACAAAGUAUUCUCCGCUUCCCCUGAUCAGGCAAGGAAGGAAAUGCGCGAGGCAUGCUUUGACUAUUUAAGCCUUGGUGGCAUAUUUUCAUCAGGACCUGUGGCUUUACUCUCUGGUCUAAACCCACACCCACUGAGCUUAGUCCUCCAUUUUUUCGCUGUUGCAAUAUAUGGGGUUGGUCGUCUGCUACUCCCAUUUCCUUCACCUAAAGCCAUGUGGAUUGGAGCUAGAAUAAUUGCAAGUGCAUCAGGUAUUAUUUUCCCCAUUAUCAAAGCAGAGGGAGUGAGACAAAUGUUCUUCCCUGCUACCGUUCCUGCAAUAUACAGACAUCCUCCUGUUAAAGAUAAAGAAGAUGAUGCGCUGGAGUCAAGGUAGCUUUGGCUUAAUCACUGUCAGGAUAAAACCUGCUGAUAUCUGUUAGUUCCGUGUUGUUAAACUAGUAUCAGCAUAUGAUGUGCAAACUGUAUCUGCUAAGAAGAAGUAUCAUUGAUCUUCGUUUUCAAUAAGUAGAAACAGUUAAUAUAUCGUCAAAUCAGAAUUCUGAUAGAUGAUGUUUGUCAUUAAGAUUGGAAAAUGUCAAAAGAAACAAUAAUUUUAUUGGAUGCGAUUCAUCAAUAGCUGAUUGGAGUGCUUGGAAUUCCUGCAAAA